CCGCGCGCGGGCCCGGGAGCCGCGGGGAGGCGGGGCGCAGGGCGGCGGCCGCUUAGUCUGCACCAUGGCCUACCCGGGGCACCCAGGCGCCGGCGCCGGCGGCUACUACCCUGGCGGGUAUGGAGGGGCUCCCGGAGGGCCUGCGUUUCCUGGCCAAACUCAGGAUCCGCUCUAUGGUUACUUUGCUGCUGUUGCUGGACAGGAUGGACAAAUUGAUGCAGAUGAAUUGCAGAGAUGCCUGACCCAGUCGGGCAUUGCAGGCGGAUACAAACCUUUUAACCUGGAGACUUGUCGGCUGAUGGUUUCAAUGCUGGAUAGAGAUAUGUCGGGCACAAUGGGUUUCAGUGAGUUUAAGGAGCUCUGGGCUGUACUGAAUGGCUGGCGACAGCACUUCAUCAGCUUUGACAGUGAUAGAAGUGGAACCGUGGAUCCUCAGGAAUUGCAGAAGGCACUGACCACAAUGGGAUUUAGGUUGAGUCCCCAGGCUGUUAAUUCAAUUGCAAAACGAUACAGCACCAAUGGAAAGAUCACCUUUGAUGACUACAUUGCCUGCUGUGUCAAACUUCGAGCACUAACAGACAGCUUUCGAAGACGAGAUACUACACAGCAAGGUGUCGUGAAUUUCCCAUAUGAUGAUUUCAUUCAGUGUGUGAUGAGCGUUUAAGCAGAGAAGCUGAAUGAUCUCAAUCAACAUUCGAACUCAAGUUUUCUUCUGCUUUGCUCGCUGCCUUCCACAGUGCAUAGAAACUUCAGUCACCAAGCUUCAGUAACAGCUGUUAUAAAGGCCUAUUAACUUUGUGUACGACUGAAGUUUGGGUUUAAGUUUUGAUAAUAAAUUCUUUGGAGUUUUAAUAAUAUCAGAACCAUUGCCACCAUUCAGACUUCCUUGUGUCUUGCUAAGCGCCUUGUAUGUAAAUUAAAGUAUGCACGUUUCAGGUGUGUUCUGUAUUAUUCAUUGUGGGAGAGAUACUAAAACCUUGUCACUAAAAGACUACAACUGUUGUCUCUCCUAGAUGGACAUUUACAUAUCAUUGAAAGGUUGAUGUGUGUUAUCAGCAAUUAAAUGGUUUAAACACACUUGAAUGCAAAAAAAAAAAAAGAAAAACUUGCCCAUGAUAAUUCUUGACAGAAUAUACUGGAGUGGCUUAAUGAUUUACAGAUAAUUUGUUGAUGGUGUGAAUGACAGAAAACCUAAUUAUUUUCUGCCUUUUGAAAACCUGUAGAAUAAUUUGAGUGGUAAAUACUGCCUCCAAGUUUCUUUUGUUAUCACUUGCCACUUUCAAAAACUUUUGUGCAUGAGUUUUGUGAUGUAAAGGAGAAAGUUGAUAGGAAAAGACCCAGAUGAUAGGACAUUACUGACUAUGGCUAUUUUUGGCUAAUGGAAUUCUCAGUGAUUUUCUUUAGACAUUUAAAUAUUCUCCAAGUGUUCUAUCAUAUGUAUACUUUCAUUUUAAAUCAGGAAUCAAACUUGUAAAAUACUGAAGUUUCUGGUUUGAUAUGCCAGUGUGUUCACACCUAAAAUUCAGACUUGGCAGAACCAGGAAGAAUGCUCAGCAGGAUGAAGUGUGAGCACUGCAUAUAUGAGGCAGGCCCCAAAUCUGACACUUGAGCAGAAUCAGGGGGAACCCUGGUGGCCCCCAGCACCCAGCCAUCAAGCCUCCCACCUAACUGGACUACAUAUUUCAGAGAGGGGUCCCCAAGCACUGUUGGGGGAAGGAAAGGAAGCA